CUCAGUCAGCUGGAAACUGGGCAGUCUCAGAAUCCUUAAGGUUCAGGUGUCAGUGUGAGCUGGGGGGCCCAUGCCAGGGCCAGCAUAGAGGCUUAGGGUCCUGCACCCACAUACAGCUGUUUGGGGCCACAGUUGGAGUUGCUAGUGUAGUGCCUGUGUGCAGCCAUGCUGCGCUCCAUUCAUGUGGGCCGCUUCGUGUCUGUGCUCUCGGGAAGCAGCGUGCUGGUCAAGUGCCUGUGGGGGGCUGCGCUGCUCCUCUACUUGCUCACAUUCUGGCUCAGCAUACCGUUUACAACGUCGGCCUUUGCUGUCACCCCUGGUCUACUGUUGCCUACCAACCUUAGGAUCUGGACCCUUGCUACACAUGGACUGUUGGAACUUAAUUUUUUAGAAUUACUUUGCAAUCUCCUACUAACACUGGGUGCAGGGCGUCAUUUGGAACCUCUGUGGGGUGCUCCCGAACUGCUUCUCUUCUAUGGAGUGGUCAGCAUUGCUGUUGGAAUCCUGGGUUCUUUCUUGUAUUUGUUGGCCUAUGCAGCAACAGCUCAUUCAUAUUUACUGUUUUCUUCCCACAUUCAUGGGUUCCCAGCCUUUGCUGGAGCUUUCUUAGUAGCACACAAGCAGACUGUCGGAGAUGGGCAAGCAGAGUCAAAAUGGUGGAUGCAGGCACUGCCUCAGCUAGUUUUCCUAGCAAUUAUGGCCUUGAGUUUGGCUAAACUGAACCCAAGUCGAAUUUUUGUGGGGUACAGUCUUGGUAUGCUCUCAGGCUGGGUGUAUCUACGAUUUUAUCAGCGACACAGCCGCGGCAGAGGAGAUAUGUCUGACCACUUUUCCUUUGCCAGCUUCUUCCCCGGUCCAGUGAAGCCAGCUGCCGCCUUCUUGGGGAAUCUGACACAUGCAGCCUUAGUUAAACUGCAUCUCUGCCCACAGGCAGUGAAAAGAUAUGAUGUGGGGGCUCCUUCAUCCAUUACCAUCAGCUUGCCUGGUACUGAUCCACAGGAUGCAGAGAGGAGGAGGCAGCUAGCUCUGAAGGCUCUGAAUGAACGUUUGAAGAAAGUAGAAGACCAGGUGUCAUGGCCAAGUAUGGAAGAAGGGGAGGAAGAGGAGGAUGGCAAUCAAAGAGACGACUCAUUCCAUAGUGGGGGCACUCCAGACACUCCAAGAGAUGAACCAAUAGCACAAUCGGCACCCAAAGAGUAACCGCCAAAUAAGCACUGUUGUGCUAGUGGGCAGAAUUUUUCUGCUUAUGUUCACAUUAGACGGACCUUAAAGAUCUUUAAAGGGUUUAAGACUGAAGAUUGAUCCCCAUGUAAACACUAAACCAACAGAGCCUCUUAAUUCUAAACUGCUUUUCUAAUGUAACUGCACAGUGGUUGGGCUCAGAGGUUGCAGAUGAAUGGCAUGCAGGUAUCUUUGUGCUGUGUUCCUCUCACUCUACCAGCCAGGGUCCAUUAUGCUUUAACUCUACUCUGCCAAAGGCUUCCUCUUUGCUUAACUCACAGACAGAGACCUUGCUGAAUGCCAGCUUCAUGCUCAGCCCUAUUCUUCAUCUCUUCUCACCAGAUAUACAGACACUCGAAGGAAUCGCCAGUGUGUGAUUGAUAGCACAUCUGUAAAGGAAGUCAGCACUAAACCAUGUAUUCUAGAAGGUGUCAUCUUGCAGUUUAGCAUUGGUUCUCUACUUUGUGAUUUAUCUCUUCAAAUUGCUCUGCAUGGGGUUUGAGGAAGGUGUUUGGGGACGUGAGAAAAAGAAUCUGGUUAUUUUGUAUAAAUCUUUUGGAGCGCUGUACUAGCUGAUUUUUUUUUUGUUUGGAUUAAAUCUUUUUUGGAGAUGA